GGACAUUCUGAACCUCUUUUUAGAAUCACAUUACUGUUAGUCAUAUCAGUGAUUGCUCUGCAAAAGGAGGAGUAUCUAUAUUCUCUGCAGGUGAACAUUCUGCAUCUUAAAGGACAUCUCCUUAUGGCUAAUGAAAUGCCAAACUUUAACAAACAUCUACAUAUUCAUUUGUGACUGAUUUGUUCAUGUCAAAAAUGAAAUUACAUCAUCUGUGCUGUGUGCUCCAUGGUCAACAUUCAGCAAAGUAGCAUUAGAGCAGUAUUGGACUCCAAAGUUAUUAUUACCUAAACUAAUAGGUCAACUGCUGAUACAUUUUUAUGCUGCUAAAACAAAUUACAUCAGUGGAAGGUAUAUGAGAAAAUCAAAAACUUUGAAUGGAUUGGUCUGGAAAUACCAAAGAAAAUACAUCUACAAUGGGCUCUUCGGCUAACUAUUUUAAGGCUGUUAUUAAGACAGGACAGAGUUACCAACUUCAGUAACCUACUGCUAUGAGUCACAAAGAAGCGAGUUCACUACCAAAUGUACACUGCAACUCAAUGGAACAACAAACAAUGAAAGUUCGUCCUGUGCUCCUAAAACGAAAAAGCUUUGAUACUUCAGAUCCUACAAAACAAACAAAUCACCAUAAGAACAAAUCCCAGCAAGUCAGAUUUAAGGAGGACAGCACAACUCAACAUGCACAAGACUUUGUGGGAUUAAGUAAAAAGCAUUGUGAUAAUAUCUCCCUAAUCAAUGGAAAGGCUGGAAAAUCCCACACUAGAACUAUAUGUUUGCUCACUUGUUCUCAAUCACAGAAAGGAAUUCAAAAUAUUGCUAUACAAACAUCUCCUAGUCUCAGGAAACAUUUUCCAAAUUUUAAGGCAAAAAAAACAACAACGCCUAAAGGCAUACUGUUCACAGAGUCUAGCUGUGCCCAGGUUAAUGGUGAACUAUCAGAUGAUGACAUAGGUACCCCCAUAUCUCAUCUUAAACUAAGUGACCAAUUUGAGGAGGGAUUAAAAAGGGUCAGAAGAUCUUCGCCACUAUUACAUACUGUACCUAAAGCACAAAGUAAUGGACCUAUAAGUAAGUGCCCAGAACUUCAAUUUGCUGAAGUGCUUGAACAGGACGCUGUUUCAAUCCAUUUACCAGAUAACCCAAUCAAGAACUCAAUAGAAGUGACAGAAAAGUCAAAUACUGACCUACAAAUGUAUAAGACUUUUGAGAUUCCGGUGGAAUGUUCUGUAAAAAGCAAUUUAAACAUUUCGCAACCUUCACAUGUACGUGUAAAACGGAUCACUAGUGUUGAUGCAAAACAGGUAGAAAUAUUCUUUCCAUUGAAACAAAAGGCGUUGCUACAAAAAAAAAAAAACAUUGAAUGUAAAAGGUUUUUUACUUUAACCCCAUCCUUUAAAAGCAAUUUAUCAUACUGUUUUCACUCUGAACACCAGCAGACUGACAAAUCUGAGAAACUCCAAGAGUUUGUGCUUCAACCUAAUCACAGCCACCAACAGAAAUCGGUUACAAAUCUUCCCAGAUUACAAACUAAAGAAACUGACAUUACUGGAUCUCAGAAAAACACCACAGAUACUACUGGUUGCACAGACAGUAUCUCUAGCCUGCCAAAGAUUGGUAUACCACAUGAAGCAAAUAAUGAAGGCAAACUGACAAACCCAGGACACAAGUCACAUAGCCAGUUUUGUUCUCUACAAGGUAAACUACAAACUGUAGAAGAAUCCUUACAGUCAAACCAAAAGAAGAUUAAGAUCCUGUUAAAUGUAAUCCAAGACUUAGAAAAGGCCAGAGCAUUCAGUGAAGGGCGCUUCUAUCGUACAGGACAAGACCUAAACAACUGCAGUACUUGUCAGAGCACAGCAUGUAUUAUUUACAGUGUAGAAUAUGACUUUAGACAACAGGAAGAAAGAUUCCUUCACAUUCUGAAGAAACUUGAUAAGGUGGAACCAAAUCCUAUUCUGUCUCCUGCUCCAAAACCAGAACCAGAAAUUGAGCUUACUGAAAAACAGGAAGACCGGAAAAAAAAAAAAAAAUUGAAGAAGAAAUGUUUCUGGUGGAUCUGACAACUAACAUGGUGCAAGACCAUUGUAACCAAGACUGCGUGCUCCUGGACAUAGUGGAGCCUCCUCUCUUUAAAAUCUGUAUAAGAUACUUUUUUUCAUAUGUAACUAUAUAAAAGGAAAAUCUAUUGUAUAAAUAGCUUUUUAUAAGGUAUAAAUAAUUUUAUAUCACGUGGUACAUGAUUCAAAUAUUAACAAGCAUUUAUUCUAUUAACUUUUUGUUAAUGCUUCACUGGGAACCAG